AUGGCUGAUCCGCUGAGUUUGCUGCGUCAAUACAACAUCAACAAAAAAGAGAUCAUCGAACGGGAUGGGCAGAUAAUUUUUGGUGAAUUUAGCUGGCCGAAGAAUGUGAAAACUAACUAUUUAAAAUACGGUUCCGGCAAGAAGGGCGCCCCGAAGGAGUACUACACACUCGAGUGUUUGCUGUACAUCCUUAAAAAUGUGGGCUUACAGCACUCGGUGUACGUUCGGCAGGCGGCUGCGGAGGACAUUCCGGCCGUCAACCGUCCCGAUCGUAAGGAGCUGCUUCAGUAUCUUAAUGGCGAAACGAACACCUGCGCCAGCAUCGACAAAAGUGCCCCACUGGAAAUUCCGACGCAGAUUAAGCGACCGGCCGAAUCCGAUGGAUUGGACAGCUUGGCGAAAAAGGCCCGCUACGAGGAGACACAGGUGCAAAAGGUUAAGGAACAGCUGGCAGCUCGUCUGGAUGUGAACAAGAAGGAGGCGUCGGUGAACAUAGAUAAUAUUAAGUCCCUCUCAGAGACGAUGUCGGUGGAAAAGAUUGCUGCUAUCAAAGCGAAGCGUUUGGCAAACAAAAAAGUCACAAUCAAACGUACCGACAACGACGAUGCGAUGGGCGUGGGACCGGAUUUGCGUGUCAUACUAGAUUUCGAUGUUGAUUCGACGAAGGAUAUCGUGAGCCGUGAGCGGCAAUGGCGAACGCGAACCACAAUUCUGCAGAGCAACGGGAAGAUAUUCGCCAAAAACAUUUUCGCCAUACUGCAGAGUAUCAAAAACCGCGAGGAGGGUCGCGGACGUCCACAGGCACAGCCAGUAAAGCUUCCCGAACCACCACGAGUCAUCCGGCCGCAGCCUCAGCCGACGCAAUACAAUCGAUACGAUCAGGAACGGUUCAACCGGCAGAAGGAGGAAACGGAGGGCUUCAAAAUCGAUACCAUGGGUACCUAUCACGGUAUGUCGCUUAAGCUGGUAACACAAGGUUCGGCCGGGCAGAAUAAGGCCGCCCAGCAAAACAGCUUAAACAAUAACAACAGCAACAAUAAUAACAUCUCGGCCAACAUGCCCCCGGGUCGGCCCAAGGAGCUGAUUCCGACGGCACAGGCACGAAUGCUCGCUCAAAACGUGCCCAGUAAACGGCAAUCGCGCACACCCAUUAUUAUUAUACCGGCUGCCACAACCAGCUUGAUUACGAUGUACAAUGCGCGUGACGUAUUACAAGAUCUGAAGUUCAUCACAACGGACGAGAAAAAGAGGAGUGGUAGCUCGCGUGAGAACGAAGUGCUCAUCCAGCGACAGAAGGCGGGUAAUUUGACUGUUCCGUACCGGGUGAUAGACAACCCGGCGAAGCUGACGGCUCACGAUUGGAACCGGGUGGUGGCUGUAUUCGUCAUGGGACCAGCGUGGCAGUUCAAGGGCUGGCCGUGGGAUGGAAACCCGGUGGAGAUAUUUUCCAAAAUCGCUGCUUUCCAUUUACGUUACGACGAUCUCAAGCUGGAUGCUAACGUGGCCAAAUGGGCUGUGACGGUGUUGAACAUUUCGCGAACGAAGCGGCACUUGGAUAAAGCGUGCCUGAUGGCGUUUUGGGAAAAGCUGGACCUCUACAUGACAAAGUACAAACCGGAUCUCCGAUUCUGAAUGUCCAUUGCUACGUUUAUGCCCGUGCCAGAAUGCACCGCGUGCGUGAAGAUUGCAAGUUUUGUGCUGUACACGUGUACCGUCAGAGCAGCGUAAUAAAAACG